AUUACGUUAGGUUAGUUUAGGUUUGAACGUGAUGAUGUGGAGAAGUGAGUUCCUUUGUUUUAUAAAGAUACAAUAGUAACAAAAUGGUCGUCUGUCGGUAUUUUCUUCAAGGAAAUUGUAGAUUUGGAGACAACUGUUGGAACGAACAUAUUGAAGAAAAUCCUAAGCAUCGAUUUGGUCUGAAUCAUUUUGAAAAGUAUCAUUAUGAAAAUGAAAAACCUUCCACUACACAACAUACUCAACAUAUGCCAUUUUAUAUGGACACAAAUAAAGUUUACUUUGGCUUCAAGAAAGAUGAAGUGAAAAUAGAUCCCCAUAGUAAAUUUACAUUAGUAUUACCUCCAGGAUCAGAGUGUAAAGAGUAUCAACCUGAAGAACUUAAUAAUAUUAAAGAAGAUGUAACAGCCUGGGAUCAAGGAAAUAUGUGGCCUUUUACAUGUUACAGUCCAAGAGAUAGAAAUUGUUUAACAUGUUUCGAAGAUAUAUCUCCAGAAGAAUCACCAUGGGGUAUGAUUGAAGCUGAACGUUAUGGAACAGUACUUCCAUACCUAGACACAGAUACUCUAGUUGCACGUGAUCCUAUGAAGGUGGUUAAGGAUCUACAAAAUAUAGCAUUAAUGGAAGAUGAAGUUGCAACUGUUUUCGACUAUNGUGUCCAUUCCUCAUCACCCGGCCGCCGCAUUGUUGAUCUCGCCGAACUCAAAACGGGUUUGUCAAAAAAUGAUUCUCAGCGCCCAAAGGCAUUAAGAUUUCAAAGAGGAAAAGAAACCUAA